AUGACCACGCCAUCACUACCGCCGGCCCUCACCGCCUACCCGGCCGCGUCGGUGCUUCCACCCGCCCAGGGCGUGCCCGUGCCGCCUCCCGGCCUCGCCGCCUCCGCUGCCGUGGGCGUCGUGCCGGCCGGCCCCGCCUCGCUGCCCCAGGGCGUCCCCAUCCAGCGGGUGCCGUUCCCGUCGUCGCCCUCCCAGCUACCGGCGUGGGUGACCGCGACGGAGCCCCCGCCCAUCUACUCGGCCGCAUCGGCACCUCCUCCCGUCUACACGGCUGUCGGGGACCCUCCGAGGCCUUCCUUCCCGGAGCCGACGUACUCGCGCUUUGCGGAGCCCUCCGCUGGCCGCGCGGAGUACCCCGGCCAGGGCACCGCCGGCCUCGCUCCCUCAUGCUACGCCAAGCUCGAUUUUGCCACGUACGACGGCGUCGAGGACCCCCUCAACUGGCUCAACCAAUGCGAGCAAUUCUUUCGCGGAUAG